UUCGGCAGCCCAUAGGCUAUUUAACAUGUCUCUUGACGUCACAAGGCAACUUUUGUGAUAUAUAUAUAUGCGCGCACUGCGGUUCUUAAGUUUCUGUCUUUUGCACAUCAGACUGAAAAGCGGGAUGGUAGCCAGGGUGGCCACAGACAACAGGAAAUAAAAUCCUAUUUUAUAGGUCAGGUAUUUUGGGAAUAUGCCUGCGGCGCGCCACGUGCGUAAUGACGAGUAUGCCUCUAAAUAGAAGAAUUAAAGCGUCGAGGCUUUUGUGAAAGAAAAGAGAACAUGUCAGAAUAGUUUACCCUGAGGGGAGCUGUGGGAAAGGAAUUACUCAUUUCCCACACCAACGCCGGCACAUCUGUGCGUCUAUGUCACCACAGGACGGGUCUCCAAGUCCAUGGAUAAAAAGGAACAGAAGGCAGCAGAAUGGUUGCUGUGGGAGCGAAUAACGGAACCUACGGUAGUGACAACAUGAGGUCGUCGUUCAUGAUAGAUAAUAGAGCCGGUGGCGGAGAUCCCGGGGGCUCCACAGACAUGAUGAUCUCGGAGGCUCUUGCGCCCCGGCUGCUGAAGAUUGCGCAGGGCGCCGCAGAGGCUGCAGCAGCAGCGGCAGCAGCGACUUCUCCGUCCACCUCCAGUCAGCCGCAGGUCAUGGAGACGAACGGGACCAGGUGCGGCGAGCAAAUCCUGAGCUACGGCCGGGUGGAGAAAGUCCUGAUCGGCGGGGUCCUCACGAUGCUCACGCUGUCCACCAUCUGUGGGAACUUACUGGUGGUCAUCUCCGUGUGCUUCGUCAAGAAGCUGCGGCAGCCGUCUAACUAUUUGAUCGUUUCUCUGGCUGUGGCGGAUCUGUCAGUAGCUCUGGCCGUGAUGCCGUUCGUCAGUAUCACUGACCUAAUUGGCGGUCAGUGGAUUUUCGGACAGUUCUUCUGUAACGUUUUUAUCGCCAUGGAUGUGAUGUGCUGCACCGCGUCCAUCAUGAGUCUGUGCGUAAUCAGCAUUGACAGGUAUCUGGGCAUCACCAAACCCCUGACGUAUCCUGUUCGGCAGAACGGCUGCUGCAUGGCUAAGAUGGUCCUGUCAGUGUGGCUCCUCUCUGCCUCCAUCACUCUCCCUCCUCUGUUCGGCUGGGCGCAGAAUGUCAACGAUGGCAGAGUCUGCCUCAUCAGUCAGGACUUUGGAUACACUGUCUACUCUACAGCUGUGGCGUUCUACAUCCCCAUGUCAGUGAUGCUGAUCAUGUACUACAGGAUCUACCGAGCGGCCAAACUCAGCGCUGCAAAGCACACCAUCACCGGCUUCCCCAGGGAAGAGGACUACAGUGGAGGGGUGGCUGUUCGAGGGGGAAGAGGAGGGCAGGAGCUUCAGCAGCCAGCAGAGUCAGGAGAGGCAGGAAGUGUGAGGGGGGUGGGGGCUGAGCAGGAGGAGGAAGAGGAGGAGAGUUUGGACUGCGUGUCAGCGGCGUUGAAGCUCCAGCGUGAGGUGGAGGAGGAGUGCAGUACACGUGUCUCUCGCCUCCUCAAGACUGGUGAACACCAUCAACGCCGGAAGAGGAAAAACCAGUCCAUCUUCAAACGAGAGCAGAAGGCUGCGGCCACUCUGGGCAUCGUGGUCGGCGCCUUCAGCUUCUGCUGGCUGCCUUUCUUCUUGGUGUCCACCGCCAGACCGUUUGUGUGCGGCGUGGAGUGCAGCUGUGUUCCCCUCUGGCUGGAGAGAACUCUGUUGUGGCUCGGGUAUGCCAACUCCCUCAUUAAUCCCUUCAUUUAUGCUUUUUUCAACCGUGAUCUGAGGACCACCUACAGUAACCUCCUGCGGUGCCGCUACAGGAACAUCAAUCGGAAGCUGUCGGCGGCUGGCAUGCACGAGGCUCUGAAACUUGUGGAGAAGCCAGACACUGAUGUGUAAAGCUGCGGGUCUGCCAAUCAGUGGUGCUACAGAGACCAACAUAGACAACUGCCAGAGAAAACAUGCAGCAGGGCUCAGUCUGCGGCACAAGACCACCAUGCUGCCAGACUGGUAGGAUGAUUGCUGAGGCAUGAUGAGGCAGGACACUGUGAUUAAAUGGAUGCACACAAAGCCGCACAGAGGAAGCCUAAUACUUUUUUUUUUUCCAGGGAUGGAGAAAAAUGGAUGAAAAGUUUCACUUGCUGGUGAUUAAUUCAGACUGACUGAAUAGUGGUUCACCACUACUAAACAAUGAUUGCCUCCAUGGUGAAGUCCAACAAUUGUAAUGAUGGUGCAUUAAAAAUGGUUUGAUAACCUGCUGAACAGUCUUUUGCACAUGGUAUUACUAGAAAGUUUAGUGGAGCUACAGACUGACUUUGUACUCAGUUACCACCAUGGAUGGACAUCUAGCCGGUGUCUUGUAUGUUCAGUUUGAGACAAGAAAACCUGCCUUCACAAACACAAGUGGAGGAGUUCUUGGAGCUCAAUUGGCCGACAAGGCUAGAAACACCAAAUGUUUUCACUGCAAUCUCUGUUCAUCAUGAGGACCCUGUUUUUCAUUGCUUCUAAAUUUUGAGUUUUGCUUCAGUGGACAAGCAUGACAAAAAGUGGACAAGUUAUGAUUAAAACUCAAAUGAUAUGUAAAAAAAAAAAAAAAAUGUUGUACACAAGUCUGUUUGUGGGAUAAACCUGAUUUCAGAGAUCAAAAUGGCUCCCUCUGACUAACUGUUGUACCUGUAUGAGUUUGUUCUAGAAAAUGCAUUUUUGUCAUUAUCACUAUGUGUUGAAUGUGCCAAAACAUUCUCCUUUCCCCUAAACUCAAGUCAUGACUUUCUUGAAAAACCUUUUAUUGAACAAUGUGUUUUGUAAUCAGGCAGCUCACUUAUGAACAAACAAACAUUUUUAGGGAAAGAAGAUAAAGACAUAUGACCAUUUGGGACACUUUUUUUUGAAUGUGCCUUUUCCUCAGUUACCAUUAAGGGUUUCGGUUGCAGCACACAAGAGUCUCCUCUAAAACUAUGCACCUCGUGUUUUAGAUCAGACACAAUGCGGAUCAUUCAGUUAAAGCCUUGUUGUGCAUUAACAUCACAGUUGAAGUAGCUCUUGAAACAUGCAGUAAAACUCAUGGAGGUGUGGAUCAUUGCUACCACCCUGAGCUUUAAGAAUGGGCUACCUUUCUCUUAGUCAUUCAGGGCCAUUCUUACUUUCAGUGAUACUGUCCCACUACAAAUAUAUUUCUUUAGGUCUGCUAUAGGGCUGCAACUAAUACUUGGUUUGAUUAUCAGUUAGCCUUGAUAUUUCUUUAGAUGAACAAUUAUUUGUUUAGUAUCAGGUAAUAGUAAAAAUGCCCAUCACAAUGUCUCACUCAAAAGUGAAAAUUACUUGUAUGGUUUGACUAACAGCUCAAAA